AUGGCGGGCGCUUUUACCAAAUUUGAUCUCAAAAUGAUACUGAAGACUCCAAUUUAUCAUCAAAAUAACCAUCCUUCUCACCGGUCUUGCAACAUUCUGAAAAAGACUGUAGAGGGAAAAGUGAGCGAUGGUGACCUGAAAGGAGCCGCACGGUUGCUUUUUUCAACCGACGUUCUGUCUGUGGACUCGACUGAAACCCUUUUGGCUCUACGUGACAAACACCCGUCCGCCCCAGCAACACCAUACUUCCUAGAUCCGCCUACAGAACCCAACGUGUGCCUUCAAGUUCAGGAUAAAGACACUAUAAAUGCAAUUCUUUCAUUCAAAACAGGUUCUGCAGCGGGUCUCGACGGAUUAUCUCCGCAACACCUAAAAGAUUUGACCUCACACUGCGUCGGCGAUACAGGCAAACGCCUCAUUAUCGCACUUACCAAACUUAUUAACCUCAUGCUUUCUGGAAAAGUCAACCCCCUCUUUAUUCCCAUUAUUUAUGGCGCAAAUCUUAUAGCCCUCACAAAAAAAGAUGGGGGGAUCAGGCCCAUUGCUGUUGGUUCAACAUUUCGGCGUUUAACUUCCAAAAUUUCCGUCCGACACAUACUUUCAAAAUUGCAAAAACAAUUCGAACCGGUACAACUAGGUUUCGGUACUAAAGGUGGGUGCGAAGCCGCUGUCCAUGCCCUCCGCACCUGCCUGAUCAAUGACCAGUGUGAGGUACUCCUGAAAAUUGAUGUCAAAAAUGCCUUCAACUCGCUUAAUAGGGACGCCCUGCUUACAGAAGUCAACAACCACGCUCCAGAACUUUAUAACUAUUUAUUAAAUUGCUAUGCUAAUCCAUCAAAAUUACUAUACAAAAACCACGAACUUUCCUCCGAAGUUGGCUGUCAGCAGGGCGACCCUCUCGGACCAGCCAUCUUCAGUUUAGCUAUCAAUCCAAUUGUUCAAAACCUAAAUUCAAAAUUUAACGUUUGGUAUUUAGAUGAUGGUACCCUAGUAGGCGAUGUUAACACUGUACUAGCAGACUUUUCGGAAAUAAAAAGCAAAUUUAUGCUAAUUGGCCUAGAAUUAAAUUUCGAGAAGUGCGAAUUAUUUUUAAACCGUUGUAAUCCCGACAUCGUAUCUAAAUUUCAAGCCAUCACCCCUAAUAUAAAAGUAGUAAACAAGGACUCACUAAACCUCCUAGGGUCACGAAUUUUCGAAGAAGCCAUUCCCAGCAUCAUUACAAACGCGAUGACUAAAUUCAAAAACUGCGCCGAUCGCUUGCUCGACAUCAAUUCUCAUUCCGCUCUGACUAUUUUAAAAUUCUGCCUUUUUGUACCAAAAUUUACUUAUUUGCUCCGCUGCUGUCCAUUUUGGAAACACCAAAACUCCUUAACACCGAUUGACAACCUUAUUAGAUCUUCCCUAGAAUCCAUUCUAAAUAUACAACUUAGCGAGCAUUCUUGGAACCAGGCGUCCCUGCCCAUCAGAUUCGGCGGGCUGGGUACGCGCAAAAUUUCUAGUGUUGCUUUACCAGCGUUUCUAUCUUCCGUCCAUGGCACGUCCUCCCUCGUAGGAAAAAUAUUAAAGGCCUGCACUUUAAACUACGAGACGGCGUGCUUGACGGAGGCCAGAAACGCCUGGCUGACGGCUUGUCCGGGUCAAAAUUUACCUUCAAAAUUAAACAUUCAACGUUGCUGGGACGACACUUUGUGCAAAAUUAACUUUGAUAAACUACUUUCCAGCUCAGUUGGUCCUACACGCGCGCGGCUCCUCGCAGCUGCAGAACUAGAAUCCGGCCAGUGGCUGCAUGCCUACCCCUCCCCCCCCACCGGUACAUAUCUAGAGCCGGAUACCCUCCGUUUAGCCGCAAGCCUUAGAUUAGGAGUAAAGGUCUGCGCCCCCCACAGAUGCCCCUGCGGCGCAACCGUCGACGUGCUUGGACACCACGGCCUUUGUUGUCAAUUAAGUGCCGGUCGCCUCUCCAGGCACGCUGCCCUAAACGAUAUCAUCCGCCGAUCUCUUGCUACCGUCAACGCGCCGGCAAUCCUUGAACCAAACGGCGUUUCGAGGGACGAUGGCAAGAGACCGGACGGUAUGACCCUGGUCCCAUGGAAGAUGGGUCGAGUGCUAGUCUGGGACGCCACAUGCGUCGAUACACUGGCACCGUCCCAUCUACCAAGAACUUCGGCCAAGGCUGGGGCAGCUGCCGAGGCAGCUGAAACCAAAAAGGUUUCCAAAUAUCGAAGUCUCGGCCCCCAAUACCACUUUGUGGCGUUUGGAGUCGAGAGACUUGGGCCGUGGGGUCCAAGCGCCAAGAUACUAUUUAAGGAUAUGAGUAAAAGGCUCAUAGACUCUACCGAUGAAUUAUGGAUGGCUUUAUCCACGUGA